AUAGGGUUGUCCGCCUCCUCUUCCAUAAAAGGUUUCCAAGAUUGUCAUCCCCUGGGGUACCAAGAGCUGAGCAUGCUUUUCUGGCUGUAAAAGAGAGAGACUUCACGCACUAUCUGUGUGCUCAGCCCCAUUACCAGCAGCUCAAGACCCUCUUCUCAGAGAGGCUGGGACACAAGGCAAAAAUGACAGAGACGCUGACACCGGAGCAGAUCACGGAGUACAAAGGCAUCUUUGAGAUGUUUGACGAAGAAGGGAACGGCUUAGUGAAAACAGACGAGCUGGAAAGGCUAAUGAGCUUGAUUGGAAUCAAUCCUACCAAGAGAGAGCUCUCGACGAUGGCCAAAGAUGCGGACAAAGACGGCAAAGGUACUUUCAACUGUGAUGCGUUUCUGGUCCUGAUGGGAAUUUACCACGAAAAGGCCAAAAAUCAGGAUGAAGAGCUCCGAGCAGCCUUCAAAGUCUUUGACAAAGAACACAAAGGCUACAUUGAGUGGGACACACUCAAGUACGUGUUGAUGAACGCUGGAGAGCCACUGAACGAGCAGGAAGCUGAACUGAUGAUGAAGGAAGCCGACAAGGACGGGGACGGAACCAUAGAUUAUGAAGAGUUUGUGGCGAUGAUGACCGGUGAAUCCUUUAAACUGACAUAAUAAAGUCUGUUGGAAGA